AUGAUUACGUAUCCGUCCUGUAAGCAAGCCACACAUGCAUGGCCUACAAGCAAUCUGUGUCCGAACAAGAAGGGAAAAGUACCUAUUGAUGGUGAAAAUAAAAAGGUAGAAAUCUGCUCCAUCAAUGAGUAUAUGACUAGCUGUAAUAAAUGCAAGCAUUCGACAUUUGGAGAAUGUAAUGACAGCGACGUCAACGCGAAGAGUACAUGCUGUAUUGCAGUCGUUCUCAAUAUGGACAAUACAGAGAUUGACCUACGAGCAUUGAAGUUUGUCGAUGUCGUGAACGUGAAUCUUAUAUGCUGCAUUUGUCAAACGGCUUUUAUUAAACCUGUCAUAUCCACUUGCGGUUAUGCAAAAGACACUUAUCACAUGAAAGCAUUUUUCAUUAGACAUACCUUUUGUGAGCAUUGCAUCUAUCAAGCUUUGGAGUUGUCUACAGUUUGUCCUAUCGACAGAACUCAACUCUCAAUAAAUGAUUUUCAGCCCGCUGCUAAAAUCAUAUCCAAUAUGGUGAAUGAGCUAAUCGCUUACUGUCCUUAUUUUGAAAAAGGUUGUGAUUAUACUGGACAACGACAAUUCAUGGAAUCGCAUGUCAAGAAUGACUGUCAGUAUACGUUAACGUGUUGCCAAUCGGAAGAAUGUAAGAAACUUCUACUAAGAAAAGACAUAAAGCAUCAUUCAGAAACUUGUAAACACAGAAUUCUGGAAUGCAAUAUGUGUAAACAGAAAGUACCAGCUUAUGAAAUGGAGAAACAUUAUGAUGCGUGCCCUUCUGAAAUAAUUGAUUGUCCAUAUUGUGGAACUUCUCGACCAAGGUCAGAACAUACUUCACAUACAACCGAAUGCCCUCACUUCAUUAUAUCAUGCCCACAUCAUAAUGAUGGAUGCGUAUGGACUGGUAAACGAGAACUAUCAGAGGAACACCUCAGCUUGUGCCCGUACGAAUCAAUGAAGCAUUACAUACAACAACAAAAACGUACAGAAGCAAAGUUAAAAGAUGAUUUACGACAACUUCGUAGUGAAAACGAGUCCUUGAAAAGACAGCAAUUGGAGUCUCGUCAAAAAAUGAAUGCUUUAACGAAUCAAUUAGAAAUGAUGUUCCCCGGCCAUUUCACAAAUACCAUAUUGAUGUUGGAUCACGAUAUAUUGACAAACGAACAAAUGCACUCCACACCAACAGACUCCAUUCACUCGCCGCCCAUCCGAUUAGGAGAUGAAGGAAGUCAUCAUGGUGAACCCUCCUCUACUGCAGCAGCACCUGCUCUUGCAGAAAGCCAGCAAAGAAUGAAUAGCGAACUAGAAACAUUGUCUGCGAAUAUCGCAUCAUUAGAGCUUAAGCAAAACAUGGCAUUGAUGACUGAAACAUUCAGAUUACAAGAAGAGCUGCAGAGUUUAAGGGCAGUUUGUCACGGUCUAAGGAUGCAGAUGCAUUAUCUAAUGACCGAUAGACGUAAUGCAUCGACUGGCGGUACAACAGCCGGCAAUGGAAAUGGAGCAGCUGGCUCUGGAGGAACCAAUGCUACUAGAACUGGUGCUACAGGUAGCAGCGUCGUGAAUUCAGGCAGUAUGAAUACAACAAGAGUUUUACCGAGAAUCCAUGCGUACAAUGCUACUUCUGCGGCUACUGCCUCAAAGCAAGAGACAAAGCUAUAA